AUGGCCUACCGUGACCAGCCCGACCACCACAACGGCUCCUACGUCUCGCCUUUCGACAAACAAUACUACGACCGUGGCAGAAGCCCCGACUAUGGCACAAGACCCAAGUCUCGCACUGGCACCGAUGGGUCUGACUAUCAGCCUCGUGACACCAGUCUGGCCUGGGACCGCCAUAGUGUCGACAGUGGCUCGCAGCCAAUGCAGCAGCCGUUGAAGAGUGCUAUCGGACAUGCCUUUGAAAAAUCUGAUGCCGCCAGAGUCGUCGACCCAGAUCUCAUUGCUCAAAUCACCGAGCAAGUAAAGAAGUCGGUCUUGGAUGAGAUCAAAUCAAGCGGCAUGGCUGGUACGACACACGCUCAAGCCGUACCCGUCUCCCCGCAACAAUGGAGUCCGCCCUCGCCAAUGUCAACAUCAGACUCGAUUCCACCCCGCGACGUGUAUACCCCGCCUUCCCCGAAGCGCACCGACUUUCCAGGCCAACCAUCUCCGGAGCGCGACCCCUUAUAUCGCGACCCGCUGCUGGAUGGGAACAACAGUGAUAUUCCUACCCCACGUCCUGAGAGAAGCGCACCGGUAGAGCGGGAGCGACCGUCUGUGCGACCAGGCCUUGCACCCAGAAUGAUGACCGAAGAUUAUACUCCGAUUGAAAAGAUGUGGCAGCGACUGUUCGAGGCAGACGGUCAGCCUCUACCUCGUCUCGGCCAGCUCUUGCGCGGUUUGGCUCUGCAUCUGAUUGAAGACUACGAACCAAAGCACAGUUUGGUCAUCUCUCCUGCCAAGAUGCUCAAGUUUUAUGAAGAAGUCAAACUCAAGGAUGAGAUUUACCCUUGGUCAACAAUUUUCGGAGAAGUCUCUUAUUCGGCACUGUCAAAGAUAUACCGGGACAUGCGAUGCCAGCACCAUCUCAUUCAGGAGCAUCCCGCCGAGGCACCUUACAUCCCUGCACUUACUCCUGCAGGCUUUCAGGAGUGGAUGACUACAAUGAUUCAGGCCUAUCCCGAUACCGAGUACGAGCGAUUGGUGAAAGCAAUCUUGGACAUGCCUAUCAGCAACGCAGACGACCGGAAGGAACGCUUCCCGAAAGAACUUCCCCGCAGGAUGUUCCCAACCGUCGAGAACCUACAUGCGCAGCAAAGGUGUGCCGCAGCCUUGUCCUCUGAGGGAGUUGGUCCGCUACGCAGGGCGCCCACCUUCCCGCCGCCGCCCAAGACGGCUCCUCCAUCAGGGCCUAAACUUGAGCGCGAACGCAGCCCAUAUUCCGGAAAGCCUGAAGUGAGGCCAUUUGACUUCGAAGACGAGCCCAUGUCUACAUCAGUACCCAUCGAACGAGAGCGCAAGCCAUAUUCAGCGGCUCCAGGUGGCGGAAAAUCGUACACCGACGACAUGAGCUCUAGUACCUACUCUGAUGGUGCUGCGAAUGAGAGGCGUCGACGCGCACAAUCAAAUGCCGGUCAAGGGCCAUUUGCGCCGCCCCCUCCUGAUGCUCACUAUCACCAACAGCCUCGUCACGGCUCGAAUGCUCGACCUCGAAGCCCAAGCUUUUCCAAUUACGGUACUCAGUCCGAUCCGGCGGUGCGAGACAUCCCCAAUAACUACUACGCUUCUAACAUGCACAAUGUCCCGGAUGACUCUCAUCGUUACGGCAGAGACUCUGACACCAAGAGGCACACUCGCCAGCGAAGUGGUACUGGUGGCAUGAACGGAUCUUUCGACUCUCAAACCCGAUCGGCAUACGACGAUGAUGAUUAUCUGAGAUCAAAGUGGAACUAA